AUGCCACCAAAGUCCGAAACUCCUUUGACCGACAGCGAAAAAAUCUACGUUGCAAUCUUGAGUCAAGUCUUCUCGGGUGCCGGAAAAUUUCCCAAGUUGGAUAAUGCCAAGCUCGCUCAAGAUCUAGGUCUUGCGACCCCUGACGCUGCCCGCGUUCGUUGGGCUCGCAUGGCAGCAAAGAUCAAAGAUGGAAGCGUCGGUGACUUGAAGAUCGGUAGUGGUGGUAAAGCCCAGAAGCGAACCAAGGAAGAGGCUGGUAUCGAAGAUGAAGUCAAGGUAUCCAAUGACGUCGUUCCUGCUACUAAGAAGCAGAAGACUCGCACCCUUCGCAAGAAGGCUGGUGGUGCUGGUGGAAUGGCGGAGAAGAAGAUCAAAGAAGAAAAGUUCUUGAAUGGAGGAGAAGGCUCUGGAUUUGACGCUGAUGAGGACUCUGAACUGGUUUAA